AUGGCGGAGAAAUGUACCUCAUGUUAUGAAGGAGCGGUGAGCUGGUAUAUGCGAGUGUGCAGACUGGCUGUAGCUGUGGCUCUUAUUAAGAUCAGACCAUCAGGAGGUGUCAGACUCUUUACUCAGUCUCUGGCCAACAGACUCAAACAGCAGGACCAAAACUGGAGAACUAAAGCUCAAGAUCUUCAUGAAGAUUUAUUGCGUCUCAGACAAGAGCUGCUGCUCACACGCUCACUGCUGAAGACCAGCGCUGGUGCAGAACAAGCUCUCUCUGAACAUCUCAACAAAUACAAAACUGCCCUGAAUGCUGCACACUCAAACUAUGUUUCUGCAAUUAUUAGUAGAGCAAGCAAUAGGCCUAAUGUCUUGUUUGACAUGGUAAACAAGCUCACCCAACCCCCAACUCAUGAUGUCUAUGCAUCUGAUGAACUCUGUGAUCAGGAGGUUGUGAAAGCAUUCUCUCCGGAUGACCAGCAGCUUUUAAAAAGCGACUCGGGCUGUGACACUGAUAUCAGCCUUCAAACACAGAUACACAGCAGCACUGGGGGUCACUGCUUACCUCUGAUCCCUCCAAACAGUCAGACCGACCCUCUCCAAGACAGGACAUGGCUGCAGGACCACAGGCUGUUAAAGCACAUGCACUUCUUGCAGUGUCUGAGUGGCCUGCGCAGAGGCCACGACCCCUUGCUAUGUCUAGAUGAUUGUGGCGAUGUGGUCUGGGACUCAGUGGUGCAGUUGCUGGAUUCACUGGUGGAGGUUUUCAGGCAGGCCUAUGUCGAACAUCGCCUACAUCGCCCUGAUCUGCUGCGUCACGCCGCAGAGGUGGCGGCUCAGACUCUGAGUCAAGGACGAACACUACACCAGCACUUCAGCAGAGUAGAAGAUCUGAUGAGGGAGAUGAUCAGUCUAUUGCUAACCAAUCAACAGCUCAAUGUGUUCUCAGUUCAGGGAGUGAUGUCAGAGUGUGUGAUCGCUCUGGGUGGAAGUCAUGUGAUCAGACCUGCACUAGUUCAGCUCCUCAUGUCUCAGAUCAUUCAGAGGGCACAGCACCUGUGGGACACCUGUCAGCGGUCCAGUGAGGAGCAUCAUGAUGAUGUGGAAUGGAUCUGCUAUGAGAACUCAUUCUAUGUGUUUUGGCUGCUGGAACAUCUCGCUCAGAGCCCUGAAGAUCAUCAUGAUGUCAUCCAGGAGUUAGUGAAACAGCUGGAGACUUUGGCUCUGCGUCUGUCUGAUGAGUUCCCGCUAUUCUCUCUGUACAUGUGGCGGAUUGCUGGUCUCUACAGGAAUGCACAAACAUGAGCAGACUCGCUGGGCUCACUGCUCACCAUUCCCUCUUUCCUGAGAGCUCCCUUACAGGU